GUCGGAGCCGGCGGGGGGUGGGGAGUGUGGCAGAGAAAUGGGGAACAAUGCGAGUGAGCAACUUCAGGAAGUCAUUGUGAAAGAAAGCUGGGAAGAGCUCGGCGGCCAAGUUAGCAGGGCACUCUAACAAGUGCCUGCGCGGCCCGCGCCCGGGGCGGCGACUGUGGCGACAGUGCCUGGGUCCCCGCGGAGCGCAGCCGAGCCGGGCGGGACGCUUGGCCUCGGCGAGGCGGCCGACCCGGGCGAGCCCGGCAGGGCAGUGGGAAACCCGGCUUCGAGGUUGCUCUUCGCACCCGAGGAUCAAUCUUGGCCCCCAAAGUGCGACGCACAAAUCCACAUAACCUGAGGACAAUGGACGCUGAUGAGGGUCAAGACAUGUCCCAAGUUUCAGGAAAGGAAAGCCCUCCAGUAAGUGACACUCCAGAUGAUGGUGAUGAACCCAUGCCUGUCCCUGAAGACCUUUCCACCACGUCUGGAGGCCAGCAGAACUCCAAGAGUGAGAGAGGAGUGGUUACAUAUGGGGCUGAUGGCUUUAGGGAUUUUCAUGCAAUAAUUCCCAAAUCUUUCUCUCCCAGUAAUGUUAAAGUAGAGACUCAGAGUGAUGAAGAGAAUGGGCGUGCCUGUGAAAUGAAUGGGGAAGAAUGUGCGGAGGAUUUACGAAUGCUUGAUGCCUCGGGAGAGAAAAUGAAUGGCUCCCACAGUGGCCAAGGCAACAAAGCUUUGUCGGGAGCUGGAGGCAUUCGACUUCCUAACGGCAAACUAAAGUGUGAUGUCUGUGGGAUAAUUUGCAUCGGCCCCAAUGUGCUCAUGGUCCACAAAAGAAGCCACACUGGAGAACGGCCUUUCCAGUGCAAUCAGUGUGGGGCCUCCUUCACUCAGAAAGGCAACCUGCUCCGGCACAUCAAGUUACACUCCGGGGAGAAGCCCUUCAAGUGCCACCUCUGCAACUACGCGUGCCGCCGGAGGGACGCCCUCACGGGCCACCUGAGGACGCACUCUGUUGGUAAACCUCACAAAUGUGGAUAUUGUGGCCGAAGCUAUAAACAGCGAAGCUCUUUAGAGGAACAUAAAGAGCGCUGCCACAACUACUUGCAGAGCAUGGGCCUUCCAGCCACGCUGUACCCAGUCAUUAAAGAAGAAACUAAUCACAGUGAAAUGGCAGAAGACCUGUGCAAGAUAGGAUCAGAGAGAUCCCUCGUGCUGGACAGACUAGCAAGUAACGUCGCCAAACGUAAGAGCUCUAUGCCUCAGAAAUUUGUUGGGGACAAGUGCCUGUCAGACAUGCCUUAUGACAGCAGUGCCAGCUACGAGAAGGAGAAUGAGAUGAUGCAGACCCAUGUGAUGGAUCAAGCCAUCAACAAUGCCAUCAGCUACCUGGGGGCCGAGUCGCUGCGCCCCCUGGUGCAGACACCCCCAGGCAGCUCUGAGGUGGUGCCGGUCAUCAGCCCCAUGUACCAGCUACACAAGCCCCAUGCCGAGGGCCCUGCAAGGUCCAACCACUCCGCCCAGGACAGCGCCGUGGAGAAUCUACUGCUGCUCUCCAAGGCCAAGUCGGUGUCCUCUGAGAGGGAGGCGUCCCCAAGCAACAGCUGUCAAGACUCCACGGACACCGAGAGCAAUACUGAGGAGCAGCGGGGUGGCCUCAUCUACCUGACCAACCACAUCAACCCCCAUGCCCGCAAUGGCCUGUCCAUCAAGGAGGAGCACCCAGCCUACGACAUGCUGAGGGCGGCCUCUGAGAGCUCCCAGGACGCCUUCCGGGUGAUCGGCACCAGCGGGGAGCAGAUGAAGGUGUACAAGUGUGAACACUGCAGGGUGCUCUUCCUGGACCACGUCAUGUACACCAUCCACAUGGGCUGCCAUGGCUUCCGUGAUCCUUUUGAGUGCAACAUGUGUGGCUACCACAGCCAGGACAGGUACGAAUUCUCGUCCCACAUCACGCGGGGGGAGCACCGUUUCCACAUGAGCUAAACCCUCCUCUGCUGCAUGGACCCCGCAAAGAAAAGCAUACAGGGCCACUGCCCUCCCCUCCCGCCAGCAGCACGGACUGGACGAGACCGUUGUGCUUUGAUUCCUAGGUGGUGUUUUGUUUUGUUUUGUUUUUUUAAGUUGGUUGGUUGGGAUUUGAUUUGCUUUUGAAAACAAAGAGAUUUUUAUGGUUAGAUGCAGGGUUACAUUUCAAGCCCCCAAACUGCCGUGUUGUUAGACGUUUUCCUAGACUGCUAGCUGAAAGCCCCCACGUGUUGCUUCCUAGAAUUCCCCUCCUCCAAACAACUCAUCAUUUUCAGAGAGAAUUUUAUAAGAACAGGCCAAAACCCGGGAAGGAAGGAGCCGGUUCCAGUGCUAAGUAUGGGAUUCACAGACCCAGUGUGGUUUCCAAGGCCCCAGAAGCAGUGGGCGCAGCCCCUGAAGUGUGGCCGUCCCCGCGAGCAACGCAGGUGAGCAGACCUGGGAGGUGCCCCAGCACAGCAGGGCCUGCGAACUGCACAUGCACCUAGGGCUGAAAGGCUGCAGUCAAAAGAAGGUAUUAUUCUAAGUCAUAUUCUGCAGGAAAAUAAAUUGUUGGGGAGAAGUUGUGACUAUUGGGCUCCCUGGGCAAGGAGAAGGAGAAGGAAGAGCCUUUUAGACUCAUUCUCGAUUUCCACACUUCUAUGAUGUUGCUCGGAAAACUGCUACGCCUUCUGGGCUUGUCAGGCGGAAUGAACUCACCUCUGGAGG